GAAUUACUUAUUUGGAACAAUUGCUGACAUAUUAGCAGGAGGGAAACUAACAAGCGUGAAGAGAAAACAAUUAAGUAGUAUGAUAAAAUGCUUGACAAACUAAACAUCGAAUAAAUAAAAAAGUUACUUAUAUAAAGGAAUCAUAUUAAAUCAACGGAAAACGUAUUGAAAAAGUGUUUGAUAUUAAUAUUGACACUUCGUCGCUGCAUUUUUGAAAUAGGACUUCGUUAGUCUAGUCAGACAACCAUGGAGAGGAACAUCCGUCUGGAAAUGCGUAUCUGACCGAUUGAGCCAGCAACUGAAAAAUGGUCAACACUUCUUAUACACUGGAUGCCCUCUCGAUUAAUAUGACAACCGCUUGGACCAACAUUUCCAGUUCUCCAGAAACAAUACCAAGUCCUGAUCAAAGAUAUCCACAUCACGAGCUUUUGGAAAUAUUUAUACCAUCUGCAUUAUUAAUUGACCGAGUUGCCACGCCAAUAUUUUAUGUAAUAGGAGCUAUUGGGAAUACGCUCUCGGCAAAAGUAUGGCUAGAAAAACGAAUAAGGAGCAACAACUCUUCAGCCAUCUAUUUAGCAACAUUGGCAAUAUCUGAUUUACUGUUUCUCAUGUUGCAUAUCCUAGUGGAUCUGAAAUAUGCGUGGGGGUUUCAUCCUCUUAAAUACCCCGUGUUAUGUGAAGUAUUCUUCGUUUUGUAUCUUGUUCCUCAGUACCUCUCACCGUUAUUGGUGUUGGGCUUCACAAUUGAACGCUACAUAGCUGUAUGUCAUCCUUUCAAAAAGGAACGAUACUGUACACCUCGGACUGCCCUAAAGGCUAUUGUCUGCCUGGUUGUUUUCAGCGUUCUCCUCUGCGUUGUUCAAGCCUGGUUCUGGACGUACUCUGACGGAGCGUGUGUCGUCAGGCCCGAGGCUGUUGUCGGCCAUAAUAGUAGUAUUUGGUCUAUCUGGACAUGGAGCACUGAAAUUAUUAUAUUCAUGCUAGUACCUCUGACAAUUCUUUUAUUCAAUAUUUUAGUCAUAAAGGAGAUAAAACGUUUGAAAAAUAUGGAUUUAAUUUAUCACCAAGAUAACCAUAAACAUUGGGCUGCCACAACUGUGAUGCUCCUCUCUGUCUCAUUCUAUGUGAUCUUCACUACUCUCCCAGCCACUUUGGUUUACUCAAUGACCUACGUAUUACCAGAAAGGACAAAAAAUCUGACAGAUGCCCAAAUAAGGACAGACUCCUCGUGGCAAGGUUAUUUCAGUUAUCUCAUGAUUCGAAAGAUUGUAGAAGAGAUUUGUCUGUCACAUUACGCCUGUAACAUAUUCAUCUAUCUCGUUACAGGAGUACAAUUCAGGAAGGCUUUAGUCAACAAUAUAAGAUAUGUUUUGAAUACGUUGAAAGGAAUGAAGCGGGUGAAGAACUAUCAGCAAGUCCCAGACAAGGGAGACAAUGAUAAGAAACAAACGAUGACAUCUACGGAAAUAAUGACUACAUGCAUGGCCGUAAAUUAA